AUGCUUCACGUGGGGGAUGGUAGUAAUACGUUCAAAAGAAGUGGCAUUGGCGGUGUCCUCAAAGCUCUGGACAGCGACUCAUCGUCGAAGGGAGAGCGAACGCCUCCCGGGAGUGUAGGAUAUAGUAAGUUACUACUUUAUCAUUCUAUUUUCUACGUAUUUAGACCGAUUAGACAAAAACUUGUCGAUUUAUUCUUGACGGCUCGAAUGUGUUACCUAAAAAUAUAUUUCAUGCAUGUUUUGUUUGCGAUGUUUUUUAGAAAAUUUUGUUUUUAGUUCGAAAUAGGACCUUCUUCACAGCUGCAGAGCAAGUUGCAAAUGGACGAUACGAAGAUGAAGACCGCAUUAAGACGGGAGCGGCCUUCAAAGCUCAACGGGAGAUUGAUGAACAAGAUGUCAUGAUAAUUGGUAGCAAGGAUAUCAAAAAGCCUAUGAAGUAAGUUGAUCAUGUCUUUAUUGGAUUUCUCCUUGGCUCUGGUGAGAAUUCAAUGGGUUUUGAGGAGUUCGUUUAUAACAAUUAUCUUAACCUUCUUGCCAUGUGUAACACAAUUGUUUUCAGACGAUUCAAAGACUUGGAGUGGCCUUUAGCAUUGUUGGAGAACAUCACAGACAGCUUCCCUGAUGGCCCGACUGUUGUGCAGAGUUACGCAAUCCCUUACAUUAAUGAUCCCGGAGCCGGCGAUCUUCUUUUGCGGUCUCAUACUGGCUCCGGAAAGACGGCGGCCUUUAUGAUCCCAAUCAUCAACAAUAUUGCCAAACUCAAAAGAGAAAAGAAACUCCCACCACGAUCUCCCAUUGCGGUUGUUCUUGUGCCAACUCGAGAAUUGGCCAUACAAGUGGCCAAAGAAGGUGGAAAGUUGGCCAGAGGAACUGGAAUCAAUAUUUGUUUCCUGAUUGGAGCGAUUCCUAAUUCAGAUAUACGGAUUAAUGUUGAGAGGCACGGAUGUGACAUUAUUGUUGGUACUCUCGGAAAGAUUUCUCAUUUCCUUUUGGACAAAGAGAGUUCCAAAGAAGGGGGUAAAGUAAGUGAUCUUUGAUGAGUAUCUCAAUUUUAGGCCUUCUUUUCGCCUGAUCAUAUCCGAUAUUUGGUCCUGGACGAAGCUGACAGACUGUUGUCUUCCGAAGAGGCUCGGACAAUAGUUGAUAACAUAAAGGACUCAAUGGUGUGUCUACUACAAUAUAUUCUUUAUAUCAAUUUCUGAUUAUCCUAAAGAAUUGACGUUUUCAGUCUAUGAGAACGAAUUAUCAAGUCAUUAUGAACAGUGCGACUUUGAGUGUCCACGAAUACGAUGAUUAUCUUCUGUUUAUGCCGACAGCCAUUACAGUAGGCCAAAAUUUUCCGGUUGACAGUGUAAUUCAACGGUUUGUCAAUGUAGUAAGCAACUGUUUUUUGAAUUGUAUUUUAUUUUUGCCUUGUUAUGCCUUUUUUACAAUUGGUUUUAGCGAAGAAUAUGUUUAGAGUGAAUAUCCAAUCAAAAAUGUGCCCGAUGAAUUUCGCCUAAUCCAGCCUGGAAUUGCCUGGAGGGUACAGAAAAUCGACUUCCUCCUAAACCUCUGCCACUCUUGGAAAAGUCGGAAUAUCUCGUUCCCAAAAGUCAUAAUUUUUGUCAACACCAAACGCAAAGCUGAGUUCGUCGCGGCGGCUCUUCUGCAAAGAGAUUUUCGAGCCUUGGCCAUGCAUGGAGAUUACCCAUUAGCGCAACGCCAUGAAACAAUCAAUGCUUUGAAGGACGAGAAAAUCGAUAUUAUUGUAGGCACAGAUGUCAUCUCGAGAGGACUAAAUGUACCAAAUGUGGACGUCGUUGUCAAUUAUGACAUGCCAGUAAGAAGAGCGGAGGAGUAUGUCCAUAGGAUUGGGAGAACCGGAAGAAUGGGAAAUGUGGGAAGAGCAAUCUCGUUUUAUGAUCCGAGUACGGACUUCGUAAUGGCUCAAAUGGUCGAAAAGGUAAUUAGAAGGGUUGAUAGGAUGUUUCCGAUUCGUUUGCUUUGGGGUUGCAUCAAUAUUUUGAUAAUUGGAAACUUUUUUAUUUGACGAUUUCUGAAGUUUUCAUUUUUUUGAUCACAACGCGGGUUUUGUAAUGGCUCCAAGAGGCCGGAAAAUAAGAAAAUUGGGUUAAUAAGAAAUUUAGAUGUCAUUAUUUUGAGUUUGCCAAAUAGUGACAUCAACAUUUUGAAGAUCUGAAUAAAUUUUUAUUGUACUUGAUGAUUCCUCAAAUUCUUUUUAUUGUUUCCUUCCAGAUCAUGUUGAAGACGAACCAAGAGGUCCCAGAAUACCUCUCCUACUCGAUCACCGCGCAAUGUGACACUUUCUUAUCACAGGCCCUUUUAACUGGCAUGGAAAGACCAGCUGCUUCCCUUCUUGAUUCCAAUCAUGUUUCUGCCUGGAGAUUCAUCGCAGACGAAGCUGUCGUACAAUUCAUUUGA